AUGGCUGAUGAGUCAUGGAGGUUGCCAAACUCUGUGCAGCAACUGGCUGCAACCGUGCAAGAGCCGCCGAGCCGGUACUUGCUUAGAGAGCAUGAAGAUCUUGGCGGGCACCUGGCUGGUGCCGAGUUACCAGAGCUGAUCCCAACCAUAGAUCUCGACCUACUAUCUGCAUCCAACGAUGCAGAGGAAGCCACCAAGCUGCGAUCUGCGUUGCAGAGCUGGGGAUUCUUCAAGCCUGUGUACCAGGUUUCUAACCAUGGAAUGGAGACCUCUUUGAUGGAUUCUGUGAUGACUGCAUCAAGGGAAUUUUUUCACCUACCACAUGAAGAGAAGAAAAAAUGCAGUAACCUGAUAGGCGGGAAACAUUUCCAGGUAGAAGGGUAUGGAAAUGACCAGGUGAAAACUCAAGAUCAGAUUUUAGACUGGUCUGAUCGUCUGCAUCUUAGAAUUGAGCCAGAGGGUGGGAGAAACCUUGCACAUUGGCCAACACAUCCCAAAUCUUUCAGGGAUGAUCUGCACGAAUACGCAUUGAGAUGCAAGAGAAUCAAAGGCGAAAUCCUUAGGGCAAUAGCCAAGCUUUUGGAGCUUGAUGAAGACUGCUUCGUUAAUCAGUUUAACAGUAAUGCACGCACUUAUGCUAGAUUCAACUACGUCCCGCCGUGUCCAAGACCUGAUCUUGUCCUGGGCGUCAAGCCUCACGCGGAUUUCUCUGUUCUCACGGUUCUUCUCAUGGACAAAGAUGUCGCUGGGCUGCAAUAUCUUAGAGAUGGAACCUGGUACAAUGUUCCAGCUGUGUGUAAGCACACCCUGCUGAUCAACAUUGGUUUUGCAAUGGAGAUAAUGACCAACGGGAUCUUCACAGGGCCAGUGCAUAGAGUUGUGACUAAUGCCGAUAAAGAGAGGAUAUCAGUGGCCAUGUUCUAUGGUGUGGACCCUGAUCAAGAGAUUGGGCCAAUAGCUCAUCUGUUGAGUGAUGAGCAACCGGCACGGUACAGGAAAAUGAAGGCCAAGGACUUACUAGUCACGCAACUUGAACAUUUCUCUCAAGGCCGAGGAGCACGAAUAGCCGAUGCAUUCAAGAUCUAA